UUAGUAUUAUCGUAUUAUAUAACGUCAGCACUGCGGAUGUGCAUUUGCAUUUUUUAAGAUUCUCACACGUCGCUACUAACAGUUGUAAUUCGGGAUUUCAACAAAUUCUUGGUCACAGAUGCGUUUUUGACAGGAUGGACACACGAUCUUCCCGGUUUUCUGACACGUUGCGAAGAAGUGUUCGCUUGCAACAAACAGGAUAUUACACAGGGCAAACUCCAGCUAUUUGCUACAAAGAGAUAUUACACAAGAGCCCUCACAGGAAAAUUGGUCAUCGUAAUGGCAUGAACCAGACAACAGCCUCUGUGACCGAAAAUGUGCAACACAACCAGGACGAUGGAGAGACAGGUGUGAUAUGGACCGCUUCUAUGAAAGUAUCCAGCUUCUCUGUAAAAAAUGUCAGCUGCUUUUUCCUCAUGGUCCUUGUCAGUAUUGGAUUUACACACAUGCAAUUUGAGUUAUUAAAGCUCCAGCAGGAAGUGCAGCCACUUAGACAGCAGUUGGACUUUUUGGGGAGUUUUUUUCCACUGGCAGACACAAUGGCCAACUAUGCGUUAGAAUCACAAGGUGCUGGUAUUUUGGAGCAUUUAUCUUCACAAACAUAUUGGCCGCAUAGAAACAGUGCUGUGCUGUGGGACAGGAUCUGCUACUGGCAGUAUUCAUCUGAAACGCAGAGACGAGUGAUUCAGGGACAUUCAGCAUUGAAGCCUGGACAUUGCUGGUGCUUUUCAGGGGCCCGUGGACAUUUAUUAAUUUCCCUGUCCCACUCAGUUUGUGUCACUCAUGUUACACUUGGCCAUAUAACAAGAAGCCAGUCCCCUGAUAGAUACAUUACAAGUGCUCCAAGGACCUUUUCUAUCUAUGGAAUGAAUUCCACAAACGAGGAAGGGACCUGCUUAGGGACACUGGUUUACAAUCAAGAUGGUGCAUCAUUUCAGACCUUCGAACUGUCUAGUCAAAGCAAGUGUAUCAUCAGAUUUGUGAAACUACAGAUUGAAAGCAACUGGGGAAACACAAACAACACCUGCCUCUAUAGCUUUAGGGUUCAUGGUAAACUUCAUGUAUAACAGCACAAUUUAACUCCUGGAAAAUAGACAAUAAUGUAACAUCUCCAUUAUCAUCCAUUAUUAUCUGGCAUGUUGUCAUUAGUCUUUCCCCUAUUAAACAGACUGUGCUCCUUUGUUUUUCAAAAUAAAUCAUCUGAGUAAAGCAAAA